GGCGGCUAUGGUAUGAGACCUUUCGACUUCCGGCUCAUCGUUCGUCUAAACAAUUGAACCUUCCUCUCUGUUUUGUGCUGCUGCACAUUUCUCGGGUCCAAAUUCGCGUUCGGCGAUACUUGUAGUGAUCGAUGUACUUUCCUACCUCGGCGGCGAGGCAGUUAUUGACCGUUCCUGCUUUACCUGAUGUCAUCCCCGAACAUGUCCUCUGCUUCGAAGCUAGCCCGCGCAAGUCCCUAUUCUGCACCCUCACAAGAAGUUCUUUGACUGUUUGGCGCGUCCGACCUUCUGCCCCGCUGGCCCACAUUUCGAGGUCAGAAACCUCUCUCAUCGAGCAUGGAGAUAAUACGGCGGUGACGUGGUCGCCAGAUGGGAGUAGGAUCGUCAUACAGACUACAAAGUCGUAUUUGGUCUUGGUCACGGUCGAUUAUGUUCCAGAUGCGUCGGUAUACCAGCCAUCACUUAUGGGUCCGGGUGUGCAGCGCAACUUCUUGCCGGGUCCAGGAGAGGGCAUACCACUACAGUCACUAAGCUUAGCACUCGAAGGAGUGAUAUGUGCUGAGGGACAGGUUCUCAGCGUUUCACCGCGUAAACACUACAUCAUCUUUUCAACUAGUUCACCGCCUGCUGUACAACGCAUACCAUGGCCAGUAUACGAUGAGACAGAAAUUGAGGAGGAGACGGCACGCAGGUCGCUCAUGGGUCAUGACACUUGGGUUUUGAAUGAUCAAGAGUUGCCUUGGCUUAUAGAUCCUGAUGUCACCGUUACGAAGGUCCUUCACUCAAUAUCGGGAGUGGAAAGCUGGAUCACGUCUGACGGGAGAGCAUAUUUUGUCCGCUUGCAAGAAAGUAGACGUUCAGAAAAUGUUUCCGAGCUUGGUGAGGAAGAGACCGACAAAAGUUCAACGUCGAACCAAGCUAACGGAACAUCCAGAACAUCAACUGAAAGUUCUAGCUCGCAGUUGCACUACCAUUGGGAAGGCACGUGUAUCCAUAACUUUGACGUGCCGCGUUGGGUGCAAAAGCAGCGCAGUACCAAUGAUGGCAGCGGAGGAUCGUCGUCAACCUACAUUGAACCUCGUCGGGCAGUGGCCAUAGCUGUGAACACGAGGUUCUCGCUCGUUUCAAUUGGCACUCAAAGCGGUUCCAUUGAAUUCACAAGUUUCCCAACUCAGGAUGGGCCCACACCCGCUCCGAAAGUUGUGGAGGUACCGAACCCGUAUAAUCGUUCGAGUGGUUCUGUGACUGCGAUGGAGUGGAGUUCGGAUGGAUAUGUGCUAGCUGUUGGGUGGAUACAUGGCUGGGCAAUAUUCAGCGUCGGUGGACGAUGUCUUGCAUCCGGAUUUGGCGUCGAAGAUCGCAUUGAUGGCGACAAGUUUCAAGAUACCUUCAUGCACGCGGUCGAGGACCUUUUCUGGGCACCAGGAAACUUUGAGCUAAUUGUUCUAACUCCCUCCGGAAUAAAACCGGACGGUCAGAUUUUUGUUCUGCCAUUUGCUAAAAGCGCAACGACAUGUCAACAUUCUCCAGACAACACUCGUUACGCGUUUCUGCAAAUGGAUGAUCGAGCGCUGGUAUACCGAGGUGCUGACCAGCCUGACAUGAGCGUGAUCAACCCAGAGUCAGAUGUGUGGCAGCACAUCAAAAUACCUCAAUCCUACCUGGCAACAAAUUGGCCUAUAAAAUAUUCGGCACUCAGCAGUGAUGGGCGAUUGAUUGCCAUUGCCGGGCGGCGAGGUCUGGUACAUUACAGCUCGACCUCAGGCAGAUGGAAAAUAUUCUCGAACAUUGCCCAAGAGCAGGCGUUCACAGUGAAAGGGGGACUUCUAUGGUUCCACCAUGUUCUGAUUGCUGCGGUGGAAAUUUCCAAGUCAUAUCAGAUACGGCUCUACUCCAGAGACAUGGAUCUAAGCAAUCAAAAUGUGCUCCACCGCGAAAUCUUAACGUCACCAGUGGUCAUUCUGUCGUUGGUCGACAAUUCACUGCUGGUCUAUACUGCCGACAACAUGCUCAGCCACUAUUUGAUUAUACCAACUGCUGACACAAUCAAGCUCCAUCUGUGCGGAAGCAUCACAUUUGACGGAAUCAUUGCCUCGCCUAGCGCAGUGAGGGCAUUGAGCUGGAUGAUCCCGAAUGCUCAGAAACGACUCGGUGACCCUGUGGAUGACCUCGCAGUCGCAACUGUAUUGAUGGUGGUUGGUGGUCAGUUGGUGCUAUUGCGUCCCAGAAAGUCCGGUAACCAAGAGGUGAAUUACGACCUGCAAAUCUUCGCAGAACGCAUCGAAUUCUGUUGGAUACAUCUCCGUGGUAUUGGUGCGCUCGAGAAUUCACUCUGGGGCUACGAUGGACAGAACAUACGAGUGUGGCUAAAUGCACUUGCCAUUGAGUCGUCGGGGUCUGCCGAUGAACCUUCAAGCGUUAAGGAAAGUGUGAGCAUACCAUUGGACUUCUACCCUUUGUCUGUUCUCAUGGACAAGGGAAUCAUCAUUGGCGCGGAGCACGAGGCCGCAACGAGAAUGAACCUCUCAUUUGUAAUGUUCAGACAUGCCACGAGUUCCCAUCUUUUCCUGCACCAUGUCCUCCGUUACCAUCUGGAAUCCGGGCAAGUGAAGGAAGCAGUGACGCUUGCCAAACACUAUCAGCAUCUGGUCUUCUUCGCACAUGCAUUAGAAAUACUGCUACAUACAGUCGUGGAGUCUGAGGCCACCACAGACUCAGAAGAUACUUCAACAAACGCGUCGCCUGAGUCUGGUACACUCGCGGCAGUGAUAGCGUUUCUUGAUCACUUCGACGCCUCCUUAGAUGUCGUCGUCGGAUGUGCUCGGAAAACUGAAAUGACCAGAUGGAAGCGUCUCUUUAGCAUUGUUGGGAACCCACACGCACUCUUUGAGACGUGUUUAGCGUCCAAACGGCUGAAGACAGCAGGUUCAUAUUUGUUGGUGCUGCAUAAUCUUGAGCAGCUCGAUGAGAACAAUAAAGAUGCCGUCCGCUUGCUGAACUGUGCUGUGAAAGCGCAGGACUGGCAACUUUGUCGGGAACUCUUGCGGUUCUUGCAUUCAAUCGAUGACACGGGGAAGGCGCUCAGGCAUGCCUUGUCGGAGACAUCUCUGGUAACCCAGAAAGGCGUCAUUGUACCUUAGGUUUUGAUUUCCAGUAGACAUGGGAGUAGGUUGUUUGUAGCGUGUGCAGCUGCAAGAGUUUCAGAGCAAUACAUAUAUCACAUACCCUGCAGCUGCGCAUUGCCCCAUAGAAUGUACGUAAAAACUGUCUCGUGACGAAUUGACACGAUAAUCAUAUGAUACCGCCGCGUUGCAGGCAGUGCCAGACCGACUCGGAUAA